CGAGCAUCGUUCAAUAUUACUUAACCAUUACUAAUCUAUCGUGCAGUUGUCGAGCGAGAAGGGCUUAUUGGCAUCGACCGCGUAUCAAGGGUGACAGGUUCUGCUACAAGCAGGUUCUGUCAUCGAAGCCUCUCGCAACUGAGACCGUGAAGUAAAAUAUCCCGGACUCAUCGAAUAUGACUUCCACCUUAUCCCACCACUCCAUGUCCAGUCAAGACAUUAUCGUUCCACCGCCUAGAAAGACAUACGGACGAAAGAGACCAGUGACUCCUCCUCCUGUAGAUGGACCAAGCAUAUCGCUCUUCGUCCCGAAUGACGUCUCUACAUCUACGAGACCCCUCGCCUCAAGCUCGAUCGCAGGAGAUGAAUAUACUUCGCCCGCCAAAGGUCUGUUGAAUCGAUUUUCAGCGGCGAGUUCUUCAUGGAGAGAUUCUCUGGCUCUUUUGGACGCUGAAGAGGAGCCUACUGUAUCUCCUGUACGCGAUACAUACAAACGCGGAGGCAUGUUUGACUUUUCACGAACCACCGAACGUCAAGAAACGUCAGUGGAACGACGAGCUGACAGGGACGAAGAUGAGGAGGAGGACGACGACGACGAUGCCGAAGCUGUCAAAGCUGCGAUGGAAAGAAUGAGAAGGGAAGCAAGGGGCGAAGCCGUCGUCAGUUCACAAAUACCCUCACAUCCAGUCACAGCCAAUGCCAAUGCCAUCACCGACUCCACAUCGACAAAGACACUUCGCGUCCCCUUGCCUCUUGCACCCACUACUAGGUCAUCAAGUCUGUCUUCGGCGCCUCCGUCAUCACCACCAUCAAGACAACCUGGCGUACUGAGACUCAAUGCAGUGGAUGAAGAAACAAUGCCGGUGCGAAGACCGGGUACUGCUGGCCCAAGCGGACGAGUGGGUCGCGUAGUGGUAUCUGAUGAUGAGGAGGACAGUGAUACCGACAUGGGAACCAAGACGAGACCGCAGAGACGUUUAGCAUCCGCGUCUGCGGAGAGCGAGGAAAACGAAGAUGAUCACAUUGCGCCGCUGGCGGAAGCGCUAGAUCCUGCAAAUGCUCCGGAUGCUGAAAGAGCCCCUGCUCCGUCUCUCUUCCACCAGUUCUUUGACUCCCUGCAAGAUGAAGAUAGGGACGAUUCAGAGGUCAUGCAGGAUCAAAGCCAGAGUGCCGAUCUGGUAGGCCUGUUUGAUGACGAGGAGCUGCAGAUAAAGACAGGCAAGACAAAUAUUAAGCCACUGAACCGCAAAGAUAUGCUAUUGAUGAAGCAGGACAUGGCGCGAGCUCAGCGAGAGAGGGAUUUCGUCCCAUCUCGACCUGAAGUCAAUCGCCUUCCCAUCUCUUCCUUCUUACUUAGCGCUUCAAAAGUGCUCAGACGGGAUGUCCCCGGCUUGACACACGAGCAGUCCCCUCCAACUAGUCCCUCGCAGACGACACCGCCCGAUGAGAUUGCCAGCUUCACACCGAGUUCCAACGAUCAUAAUCGCAUCCGAGGAAAAAGUUCAAUCGUCAACGAUCAUUCGGUCGAUCAUGCAGUGUCAUCGUCCCCAACGCCGAGAAUCCGACAAGUGCUGGACAGGGCCGACUCAACUGUCAUUCCUGCGACCUCUGACGGAGCGGACGAGCACGAAGACGAGCGCAUCCCCGAUCUCGCGAACGUCUUAGCACUGGAAGAUGCGAAGCGGGAGAAGGAAGCGAGACUCAAAGCCCAAGCAGAACGUCUGAAUCGUGCCAAAGCUGCUGCUCUGAAGGCAAAGGCGGAAAGAGCGGCCGCGACACCAGACGACGAUGACGACUUUACGAUCCUACCUGACAUGCAGACCCCCCGACCCCGAGCUCGAUUCGCCUCCACCAAAAGUCCUGCCGCUAAAGCCGUUUUGCAGAAGUCAACGAAAUCACCCGCCAUCACCAAACAGCGGCAAGACCUGCUCCGUCGAGCAGGCAAAUCUACCCGAACGAAACCUUCCAAUGUCACCGAGACAUACAUGGAUUUUGCCGGCAAAACCUGGGAUCAUGCUGGACUCAGACGAGCUAACGGUGGAUCUCGACCUGCUGGACAAAAAUCUGGACGCGAUGCCAUAAUCACGACUGAGCAGAUGAAUGCGAGAAUUCAAGCCGGCCACUUGGCUCAGGUCGCUGGUUAUCGAUCACAGAAGGAGAGCGAAUGGGGUCGAGUGAGGCAAUUACCGGAAAAGAAAGUGCCAGACAUACAAGCUUUGAUUGAGGCGAGUGCAGCUGUAUCCCGCCAGAUCGAAGACGACAGGGAAGGGGAUGAGAGUGAUGAUGAAGACUUUGUGCCUGACGAGGAAGAAGAGAACGAUGGGGAGUCAGAGGACGAGGUGAAAGACGUCGAAGGUGCAGGAUCUGCGCUGGACGAAACGGAAUUUGGAGAGGAGGAAGGUUUUGGCUCUGAAUCGGGACAAUCAUCGCACGGUACGGAUAAGGAGAAUCGACCGAACCCUAUCGUACUCCAGCUGGUGGAUGAGGACGAGGAAGAGGAUACUCCGAUCAUGAAGAGAAAGCCUCGGAUAAGAGUCGCUCUGGACUCUGACGAUGAAGAGCAACAUCCAACUCGCUUGCCUUUAGAAGAGCUCCCGGUUCCCCAAGCCCACCAUGAGACUUCCCUCGAUUUGGCUGGUUUCGAUCAAGGAUCACCUGGUUUCUCCCAGCUCUUCGAACCUACCCAGUUGGGCACUGCGACUGCGAAUGACGGUCUCGCUGAGCUUCGUGGAGCGGACGCUCCUGGAUAUUUGGCUGUCAACGCUCUCUUGCCAGGUGUCGAUAUCACUGAAACUCAAAUCCAGCGUGACAAUGCGCUUAUCGCUGCCGAACUGGAAGCUGCUGAGAUACAGCCGACUCUUUCCGCUGCUAGACCUCGAUACCUGAACGAGCAGGGCUUCUUCACUCAGACGAAACCGAUUGCACCAAGUCAACCGAUGAAUCUCUUGCGUCGGACUUCAACGUCGUUGAGCGAGAUCGACAUCAGUAGGGACGAAGAUGACGAGGAACCCGAAAGGACGCCGUCGACCACCGAGAAGGGCAGCAGUAUACUUCUACAGAGUCAGGACAGCCCUACACAAGAUGCUCAUUCACUUGUCCGACUCAGACGGAGGGUCUCAUCUCCCGUCAUCAUGCCUCAGGCGACAUUUGGUGGACCGUCUACUCUUGGGCGGGGCACGAACGCCUUUGAUCAAAUGAUGAAGGCGUCUUUGCGAAGGGAGGAGAAAGCACGAGCUGUAAACCACAAUCUCAUCGAUGAGCAGGCUGAGGAGAGUGAUGAGGAUACUGGUUGGGCUGCAUUGGGAGGAGAAGAGGAUGAGGAGGAUGGUGCUGAUGAGGGCUAUGUGCCUGAUCUGGUGGAUGAUGAAGCCGUGGACGAGGAUGAACGCAAGAAGCAGGACGAACUCGCUGCGGCAAAGGCCAGGGAAAUUGCCGAAGCAGAUGAUGCCAAACGCGAAGCGGAAGCCAAGAAGAUCACUGAGGGUCAUUAUCGUACCAAGCGACGCGGACAGGAUUUCUAUUCCGAUGACGAGGACGAUGAUGAGCACCGAGGCAAGCGGCGCAAGUGGACGAAGAAGGAAAGGCGUAAGCGACGUCUGGAGAGGGAAGAUGGAUUGGAGAAGCUCAAUGGCGAAGAGAAUGCCUUCCGACAAAUUUACGAAGAGGAUUUGGAGAGUGAUGAAGACUCUACGGUGGAGGAUGAAGUCCCACUCGAUAAGCGAGAUCGAUCACCGACGCCUGAAUCUCAACGUCGUACCGGAAAAGACACCUGGGCGAUGUUGAGGCAACGAGCAAGGAUCAACAAGGAGAGAGAGGGUCAAGUGGAAGAUGACAUGCUGGAUCAAGCGAUAGGAUUCGAUGGCGCUGGGUUUCAACCCGCCAUGUUGGACGAGGAAAUGCCCACAGAUGUCGAAGAUGAAGGUGAAACUCAAUUUUCCAUUGCUCGAGGAACGAGGACCGUCACUUCCUUCGUCGAUACUGAGUCUGGCCAAAGUUUCGCAGCAUUCCGAUCGGCAGAUACGUACGCGCGAUACGUCCAAGAGGAAUCGCAGACAACCCGACGAGCGAAUGGAACGGCCGGCGCUUCAGUUGUUCAGAGAAAUCACGGGGUUACCGGUGGUGCUAGGGGUUCAUCUCGUGCUCCUUCACUCUUAUCUCGAUCUUCGUCCCAAAUGGCAGACAAACUUCGUCCGCCUUCCAGAGCUGAUUCUACUUCAUCCGGAGGUAGUAUCUUGGCGUCUAGGAGCAACAAAUUCAACUAGGCGGCAGUCUAGCUGGCGGAGGACAAGUAGUGAGGCGAGCCGCGACUCCAUCACCUCAUUGUGCCUGCCAUGUGUAUCAUCUCCCGACAAUUGUGUCUUGUUGAAACCCCUACACUGCUUGUAUAUGCAUACAUUAUCCAU